UGUUAAUCGAUAAGCGUUAGCUUGACACCAACGAGAGAAAGCUACUGGCGACCAGAGGCAGAUACACAAAGGCAGAGGAAGGACCUGCAGCAAUGGGGAUCAAACUGUACUACACCACCGUUACUGCCUCUCGGACGGUGAAGUCUCAACAGGCAGAAGUGAUCCGAAUCCUUGAGAGUAAAAGCAUCCAGUACGAGCUCAUCGACAUCUCUGUGGGCGGAGAGCUCCGUGACGAGAUGAGAAGCAAAGCAGGGAACCCCACAGCAGUCCCCCCACAGCUGUUCAACGAGGACCAGUACUGUGGGGACUAUGAAAUGUUUUCUGAUGCGGUUGAAGCAGAUACAGUGGACCAAUUUCUGAAACUGGCGUGAGGAGGACGGAGUGUAAUUCUCCAUCUUAACCCCAUUCCCCCACCACCCACCCUGUGCCCUGAUGGGGGCCCUUUAUCCAGUCUCUCUCUGCACCACUGGCAGUAUCCACUCACUUUCAAUGCCAUAAUGACGAAUGCCAAAUAUCUAAAUAAUCAGAAGACACACAUUCCCCCUACUGCACCAUUUGACUUAGUCUUAAUGUUUGAUUCUGUUUUUUUUUUUCCUGUUCUUUCCUUUUGAUCUCCUUGUCCUUUCCCCUGUGACAGGCUAGUGUCUCUAAGUGCUCCUAGUCCACUAGUCAAUGGGGUGUCUAAAUGUGCGGUAAUUAGGUUGACUAAUCUUGGUCACGGCCACAUGAUCGCUGGAGAUUAAGCUAAUCCGCUGGAUGACAACAUUUAACCCAGAAUCUUCCUGAUCCUCUGCAGACCAAACACACAUCAUCACUCAGUCUUAAAUACUUUGUCGUCUUUUUCUGUAGCCUUCAAGUUCCCAUGUUGUACAUGACCUCACAUUAUUUGUACUUCACAUGGAUGCAAACGCAUACGGUAGUAGCAAGGACCGUGAUGUCCUUAAACCCAAUUAAUUAAGAGUUAUAGCAGCUAAAUGAUGCCUUUUUUUGUAAUUUUGGCCCACUGGUCACCCUAUCUAAUAACAUAUGACAAGAGGUUUGGUUCUUAAGUGGGAACACACUGCAGUCCUGGACUCAUCAGACCUGUUUCGAGGGGUGAUUAUGCCGCCAAAUGUGUAUUUUCGGACACAUUUUAAGGAUACAAAUAAAUUAAAUAAAUUAAAUUAAAAGAGCAGUGUGUAGGAAUUAGGGUGAGCAGUUUGUUGUAAUCUGCAACCUCACCACUAGAUGGCACUAAAUCCAACACACUGGGCUUUUCAGCCACAAAGUAAUAUUUGUCUGUGACACAAUAAAGGUACCCUGUGUUGUUUUUGUUGUUUUAUACAAACAGAAGUAAUAUUUACAUUCAGAUGUAUUGUCCAUGAGGUCUUCCGAAAAUCUUGAAUGCAUUUCCUUACUUACACGAUUUAAAAUCUAUUUUUAGAUAGAAUGUAACGCAUUGUUUACAUCCAUAUCUGCUAGCAUGGAUCCUUUUGAACAUGUUGAUACUUUUCUUUGCGCUUUACCGCCACUAGCUCUCCAUCUGUGCAGUGUGAAACAGGGACUUACUUGUAGAGCCAUUGGUUCAUAGUGCUACUAGUGGUCAAAGACUGCACAGGGUGCCUUUAAACUAAACAAAUAUGAAGCCAUGUAAGAUUUUCCAAAAAUCUGCAAUCAAGAAUAUUUUGGCAUAAAUUCUCUGUAGACAGUACUUUGUUGACACCAAAAGGUAUCGGUGUACAUUGCCAUUGGCCACAGUGUCUUUUUUUUUAUACUACUUAAUAAUAAUACUGAAGAAAUCAGACAGAAGUUAGGCUAAUUCCAGUAAUCUAUAUAUUUACAUGUUACAACAUGGGCCAACACAAAGGGUUCCUUGACAAGAUAUUAUUUAGUGUGGAAAUAUUUCAUGUGAGUAAAUGAUAUUUACAGGAAACACACAAAGGUAGGGCCAUUAACCCUUUGAUUCACGACAUAUUGACACCCCUUCUAAUGCACAACAAGGGUCAAAAAUGACCCGCAUUCAUUUCCCAUGUUAUCUAAUGCUUGCUGUGUGUUUCUGUGCUCUAUCUUUUGAUAUCAUUUAAUUUAUGAUUGAAUAUUCCAAGUAUUCUUUAAAUAUCUUGUUUUUGAUAACAACAGAUCAUUAUUUUCAUUUUGCUUCUCAUACUUUAUGAAGAGAAAAAGUUUUUGUAUUAUUACAUGCUACUGUUAGAAAAAUUGUUCUAACACUACUUAGCCAAGUAGAUAUAUCUACUUGGCUAAGUAGUGUUAGAACAAUUUUUCUAACAGUAGCUUGCUAAGCUAACUACUUAGCCAAGAAGUUAGCUAAGUAGUUAGCUUAGCAAGCUAGUUAGCUAACUACUUAGCAAGAACUUAGCUAAGUAGUUAGCUUAGCAAGCUACUUAGCCAUGAAAUUAGCUAAGUAGUUAGCUUAGCAAGCUGCUUAGCUAAAUGCUUAGCCAAGAAGUUAGCUUAGUAGUUAGCUUAAGCUACUUAGCUAAAAAAAUGGAUUUGGGUCAUUUUUGACCCAUGUUGUGCAUUAGAGGAGUAGUGACAAAAAAAGGGAUUUUAUAAAAAAAAAAUGAUUAAAGGAAAACAUAAAAUAAGGGUGUAUGAUGAUCAAAACAAACUAAUAGAGGAAAACCUGGAAUACUGAAUGAUGAAAAUAAUUUAUUGCAAAGAUAUAGAACAUAAAAAACUCAUACAUAUCGGGUCACUUUAAACCCAUGUUGUGCAUCAAAGGGUUAAAAAUGGUUAAAACUGGGAAGCAAACACUCUCAUUAGAUAUGCGACAAUGGUCACCAAUGGGUCAAACUUAUUAGAAAGGUAGUAAAUCAGUGGUAGAACAUUUCAGUAGUUAGCUGAUGAGCAGGAUGAACACAUUUCUUAAUGUCCCAAUUGGUGCCAAUAUAUAUCUGUAAUACGCUUUGCAGGUGGAUUUUCACUGUAGUAUUAGCACUUACCUGCCAUCUUCUACAUUUUCCAUAUUCUGUUUAACUUAGAAGCUUUGUUCAUGGCACCGAUGGGUGCUCUGUAUUGUUGACUGACAGUACAAAAAACGGAAAACAUUUAGAAGGGAACAUUUCAUAUUUAUUGUAAAUGAUUAGACGUGAAUCUUCCAGCUUUCAACCACGUAGCUUUUCAUUGGUUUAUUUUCUGUUACAGUUUGCCCUGGGCAUGAAGACGCAGUAAUGUGACUAUGCACUGAAACCCUGCCUUAUUCUCAAUCCAGACAUAAAGGUCAAAGCUGGUGUGCUUAGACUGACCGGACUCACCACAUGGGAAAAAUGAAGGCUUAAUUUAUUUGUUUUUACAUAUGUGCAUUCCUUCAGUGAAUCGAUCUCAGUUGUAAUAUAAUGUCAUGUUUUGGUUUGCUUGUCUUUUUAACGAACAAAAAAAAAAAAUCAAGAACAACAUGGUUUCCCUCUCUUACUCGUAACAUCUGUCAAACUUCCCUGCUUUCAAAAUUGUGUUGUUAUGGUUUGGGAUCCCUGGUAAUGACAGCCUUCACACACAAUGUAUGUGCACUGUUUUGUAAGUCGAUGGUUGUAGAUGUUUGCCUGUUUUUGAUGUAUAUUCACUAUGAAUCAUGUUUUAGACAUUCCAUGACUCUCUCUCUCUGAGCUCCUGCUUUGCUUUUGGACCAAUUCCCCUUGGCCAAAAAAAGAAGAAGAUAGGGAAUAAAAUGCUGUUGUCUUCCAAGAAGAUUGUGAAAAGUGAUAUAUGGGUGAAAAAAUAAAAUAAAAUGGAGUUGAAUCUA